AUGGAGGCUUUUUGCAGUGAGAGUGCUAGGCUACGCAGCACAAAACAAAGUAGACAAAUCGCUCGACAUACAUCUGCCUUAGAAUCUGAGCUGUCAGACUCAAGUUCAGCAACCCUGCCCCCCCCCCCCCCCCCCGCCCAAGGUUUUCAACCUUCUACUAGUAGAGGUCAGGCAACUGUGUCAUUGUCCCAGUCAGCUGUGGAAAGUCAAUGUCCUUCAGCACUUGGCUUCCAUAGCCAACGCGAUCAUACUCGCAUCUCUGGACCCCUGCUUUCAUUACCGCUGCCCCCAGCAACAUCGCCAAGAGCUGUUCAGAAAACAGCUGAGCCUGCACAUGACGACAGACAUGGACACAUACGGAAAGUAUACAAAGCUCUUGUGGAGCUCAAAGAAGACUUCAGAAAUAUCAGGGACAUCAUACUAAACAUUGAGGCAACAGUGAAAGCAGCAUCAGCUAUUGAGAGCCAGUCCUUUGUCCUUCCAUCUCUGCCGCUUCAGUCUCAGGAUGAUUUAGCACAACUUGAAGCUCGUCUGCUGGACCCACGCAACAGUUUGUGGGGAGACUGUCAAGGACUUCUAGCAAACCAAAUCAUGACCGAAUACAGCUUAAAAGGAAUGCAGAAGAAAAAAGCAUUUGUCGAGCUUCACAUCUGCGGCUGUAUAAUAGAUGGCAUCAAAGACAGAUUUAAACAUGAAACUGAGGCCAACAUUAACAGCAAGUUGGGAAAGCACCUUGCUGGUGCAAGUGAUCGUGAUGGAGGACGAGCCAAAUGACAAAAACGUCUUGAAGGGCAAGGGAACUUUCCAGACGACCUUCCCCUGACACCGUGAGGAUGAAACGUUGUCAAGAAAUACAUAUUUGUUGAAUUUCCACUGCAUAUUUAUAAUACAUGUGCAUUACAUGUAUACAUUACAUAUUUUCAUGUGUGGCAAAGUCAUAACCUGGUCAGAUAAAUGAAGCAUUCCUGUACCUUGAGAAAUAAAAUAAAUAUGUUAUGCUACACC